AAGAAAAACAAAAGGCAGACUAUCAAGAUUGAUGACAUAAUCGCAUUAAAUUCAGAACCUUAAUGUAGAACCAAAUUUAUCAACCAUGAUCGAUUCAGUGAAUGGAUUUAUUCAACCUCAAUUUCCCAACACCCUAAUUGCAAACUCAAAGAAAGAUGAGCUACAGCGAAGCAAUGGAGGAGAAAAUGGAAUUAGUGGAGAAAACUCAGAAUCAAGAAACCUCCAUAGAAGAGAUUUUAAGUACAAAGGGUAUAAACCCUUCCUUUUAUCAUAGCUUCAUCAAAUUUCUUGGUUAUUUUUGGGGCUUUUCUCUCUGAUUCAUACUUGGGAUGAUUUAGAGUUAUUGCUUUGGGUUCCAUUGCUAGCUUCUUGCAUCGUAUAUAUGCAAGAUCAAAUGGGAUGGCAAGUAGGUUUCGCAGUUCCUGCCGUUCUUAUGUUCUUGUCUGCCCUUUUCUUCUUCCUUGGGAAUUCUUUCUACAUCAAGUGAAAGCUAGCACAGGCUUGUUUACUGGAUUUGCUAAAGUAUUUAUAGCUGCAUGGAUAAAUAGACGUCUUGAUCUUGGUCUUGCUACCCAACCAAUUAACUCGGAUGGGGUGUAUUAUUAUAGCAAGGAUUUAAAGCUUGUUGCACCAUCAAACAACCUAAGGUUUCUAAACAAAGCUUGCAUCGUUAGAGAUCCCGAUGAAGAUUUAAAACCUGAUGGAUCACCUACCAAACCGUGGGAGCUCUGCACUGUCAGUCAAGUAGAAACCCUCAAAUCACUAAUCAGAGUUAUUCCUAUCUGGUCUACCGGUUUCAUGACCUAUAUGACACUCUCACAGAACUCCAUUCCAGUUCUCCAAGCAAAAACCAUGGAUCGACACAUAACCACUAGCUUUGAUAUUCCAGCAGGGUCCUUUGCUCUGUUCACAAUUACUACUUUAACCAUAUGGGUAGCAUUUUAUGAUCGAGUAACUGUUCCCGUACUUGCAAGGUACGCAGGAAAACCAAAUGGGAUCAGUGCAACAAUAAGAAUGGUUAUCGGAUUAUUGCUCUCAUGCAUAUCCAUGGCUGUUGCAGGGAUAGUAGAACGCAUUCGCAGAAGAAAUAUAAGCACUGUGGUUAGUUCCACAAUUUUGUUUGAAUGGUUUAGCGGAGGCUUUUAAUGCAAUUUGACAAAUAGAAUUUAAUUACAGACAGCUGCCAAAGAGCAUGUCCAGCAUUGCAGUGGCAUUUUUCACCUUAAGUACAGCUUUUUCGGUGUUGUUAGUUGGUUUAAUCAUAAUUAAGUGUUGUUGACAAAGUUACGAAGAAUGGUGGUAGUAAAGAGAGUUGGGUGUCCAGUAAUCUGUUGGUGUCAUGGGCCAUGUGGAGAAGAGGAAAAUACUACGGCUUCUGAUGAUGAAGCAGAAGUUAGUGAAGGGAUGUUGGAAAAGUCUAGGGAUUUUCCUAGUUGUUGUUCAGCUUGAUUCCAUGUUUGUAAUAAUUUACACACCGCACGCUAAUUUAAGUUUCAGAUUUUUUUCUUGCCCAAGUUUUAUGAGGUUGUACAUACAGUUUCUUAUAGCUUUCUA